CUGGUACAGUCAUUUCUGCCAACCUGGCAGUGACAACAAGGCUUGCAUCAGAAAAUGCGGGAAAUUCCAUAUUUUAAAGAAGCCAAUCAAAUGCCUGGGAUAUGACGUCAAUGUUAUUCUAGCGACCAAUCAGAAAUCGACACGACCUUCCAACUCAUCACAUAAAAUACUGAACGAUCUAAGAAAAUGUAAAUCAGAAGACGGACCAGAUUUUCACGAUUUAUUCCCAUUUGAGGGAACAAAAAUUGUUGCAGAUUGUGACAUUUUGAUGAGGAAUAUCCAAGGAACACGAUGGUAGCUCAACACACAAUCCUUGUAACCACUAUGCCGGGUAAAAAGACCCAGGCAUCGUUGGCAUCUCUGAAUCUUUCGCCGACUCAGUUUUCACAAGCCGAAUCUCUUCUUCACGAUAUGGAGCCGAAAAAACGACGAAGGUUGACACAUUUGACACCAGAUGAAAAAAUAAUGCGCAGGAAGCUCAAAAACAGAGUUGCUGCUCAGACUGCACGUGAUCGAAAAAAAGUGAGAAUGGACACUCUGGAACAACAGCUUUCAGACAUGGAAACUCUUAACAAGCAACUGGUAAACGAAAACAAUCGCUUGAAGACACAAACGUCGCAUUUGAAGCUUGAAAAUGCUCAGCUCCGCGAACGUCUGGGUAUGCAAGUCACUGGUGAUGUCGAUGUCGAAAUCAAGAAAGAGCCUGUACUCCCUGAGUCAGCAGUACUCUCUCCUCCGCAGCAGGACAGAGUGCAGGCCCUUUACAAGAUGACGAUGUCAUUCAUCUCGGUACUAGCGAUACUCAGUCUGACGUAUGGCUGGACAUCCUCGCCCAAAUUGAAGACCCCAAAGCGAUUGACCAAAUCUCUGAGACCCCUGAAACCAUCACCAUCCAAAAAGACACCAACAAUAUGGUGGGGACCACAGCAAAAGAGUUGGAAUCCCUCAAUGAACUUAUAAAAUUCGAUCAUGAAUAUUACAAGUCUGAAACUCCCAUAAAAGAGACCCCACAAAUUAACACUAAAAAGCAGGAAACUGACAAUGUUCUUUCAAUGGAAAAUGUAACAUUAGACCUCUCAGAAGAGGCUCUGUCUCAACUCAAGGACAUAGAAGCCCUUAUGAAAGAUGAUUUGGACUUGCUCUCUGAUAUGGAAGAAACUGUUUCUAAGUCU